GCCUGUUGCCACGUUAGCUCCCUGUUCCUUCCUCGUAGUUGCUUGCUAGACAUAGCAGUCAUGGCCAUGCGUCUGGCACUCUCGAGGAGCCGUGGGCUGCUGGCCCCGGGCGCUCGCUACAUGCGCACGUCGGCAGCCAACGCCUCCGCUGAGGGGAGCUCGGUGGCCGCCAUGGUCAAGGCCGUGAACGAGAGCAGCGGCUCUAGCCUUCUGACCAGCCUGAAGGAGGCCAAGGCUAAGCUGCAGCCUUACUACCCGGAGCCCGCAGCGUCUGCUACCUGGUCGCUGCAGGCGCGUCUGGCUAUUCUGGGUGUUAUUUCCUGGACUCUGUACCGUCUGGAUACCCAGGCCCGCGCGCACGAGUGGAUUGUGGACCUUUCGCUGGACGUUCUCCAGGCGGCAUGGUAUGUCUCCUUCCUCAGCCUCAUCCCCUUCCGCUCCGUCUUUGUGGCCUUCCGCAGCAUGGCGCCCCACACUUCUGCCCCAAUUACUGGCCUGCGCACGGCCAUUACCCUGAAGCCAUAAGCGCGAUUAGCGCUUCCGACCUUUUGCUGGCAUGAGGCCACAUUGUGGCUAAGCCGCUUAGGAAAAUAGCGUGGACAAAGGGUAAAAUGGUUUAUGUCGUGGAUGAAGGGGACGGACAACUUGGGCGGUGUGCCUGCAUCGCGGUUGUGCUAAUUUAGGGCGCCGGGUCGAAGGCUGUCCGAGUGGGCUGGGGUUGGUCAACAGCGUGCACUUCAAUGGGUGACGUGUCAACCUAUGUGGUAGGUACGCACAAGGGGGCACUUCAAUGGGGUGUGAUGGCGGGUUUCGGGAACCAUUGGUGUUGCCUAGGCGCGUAGCGGAACGCAAGCUGCGAUAUUUGGGUCCGGACAGCAUGCGUCUGGCAAGUUCGCAUGCUUAAUGCGGCGGGGGUGUUCGUAUUUUCCGGACAAGCCAGGUGCAUUAGCUGCGGCUCAUACUUCAGAGCAGCAGCCAUGCGUGUUGAAUGGACCUGGCGGGAAAUCGAUCAUGUAACGCGCCUAUGUUCA